ACUCAGUGGCUGACGACGUUUUCACUGCAUUUGUUGUGCAUUUACGACUAUUCUGACGUUUACGACUUUGCAUCUCCUCUCAGAUAAAAGUCACAUCAGCUUACGGUUUAGUCGUUGGAAGAAGAAACAAGCGGGAUCAAGACUAUCGGACCAUGCAGCAUAUAUUGGCUGCAGCCCUUUGCCUCUUCAGCCUCGCUGUGCAAGGACAGGCGUUUAGCUGGGGUAGAUGUCAGCAGCUGCCAGUUGUACAAGACUUCAAUGUACCCGAAUACAUGAAUAAAUGGUAUGAACAAGCUGGCUACAACACAGAAGCUACUAGAUAUAACCUUCGAUGUGUGAACACCGUCUACCAGUUGAACUCGAGCACGAACGUCAUCACCGUGCAAAACAGGGGGAUAAGAAACGAAGAUAACAAACAUCAAGGUAUAAACGGAACUGCCGUACUGGCUGACCCCAGCAAGGAUGAGGGCAGGCUGAUAGUGACCUUUCACCCUUUUUGGUGGUUCACAGUGAAAGGAGACUACUGGGUACUAGGUACUGACUAUUGUAACUACGCAGUCGUUUACAGUUGUCAGGAUUUCUUAUUCUUUCAUUACUAUACAAUAUGGUACCUGAGUCGUGAGCAAACUCUUUCGUCGAGUACAGAUUUCUUCAACUCUGCUGACCAGAUUUUGAUAGACAACGGCCUGGACCCUUCAAUCAUUCAGAGUUCAUCCCAGUACAACUGUGAUGUUUAGAAUAGUCUAACGUUAUAUGAUUCAACCACAUUGCACUUAACACAAAUUCAAUAUUUGUGAUUCAACUUAAUAUUUAAAUUUAUUAUUGACUUUACAUAUACAAAUUUCUUAAAAAAUUAAUAUAACCAAAGGUAUUAUUAUUAAUGUUUUUAUCGUUUGAAAAAUAUGAACGUGCUUUAGAUUAAUUUAUUGACUACUAAAACCAGACAAUCAUAUGAAAUAACUUUUAUCAUUCAUGCUUGUAUUUUGAGUGAAAAAUUACAUAUGAUUAUUAUCCAUUUGUUUGUGUUAACUAAUUAGUUUAUUCUUCUUUAUUCUGUUUUUAACAUACUUAUAUGUAAGCUCAAUCUAAUAAAUCACACACUUAUAA